AUCAGCAGAGAGCCGGAAGAAGCGAGCCGGUUCGAAAAGAGCCGCUCCCCAGUAAGCUUCCAGUUAGGUUAGGCCACGAGCUUUUGUUUUUCGUCGUGGGAAGCUGUUGGUGGGCUCGUCGGGCCCACCCUCUCAUUGGUCAAGCUGGCGAGCGCUCUAACCGCUGGUAUGAACCCCCACCAUCCGGGCCACUCGGCAGCCUACCCGCAUCAUCCCUCGCUCUCGAGCAGUCCGCAUCAUUCCGGGCCUCAUCACGGCUACAGUACCGGCGGCGGAGGUGGCGGAGGCGGCGGUGGCGGCACCACCACUACCCCGGACCUGCCUAGUCCCCAUUCGCCGCCCCAUGGGCCAGCAAUCGACCCAGCCACCCCGUACGGGUCCCUUCAGCCUGGACAGGGCAUGGGCAGCAACGGGCAUCAUCACAGCGGUGCUGGAAUGAUGACCGAUCAUCCACAUCACCCUGGACACCCACACCCCCACUUACCGGGACAUCCUGCUUAUCCACCGGUCAAUCACAACAACAAUUGUACGCUUAAGCAAGAAGGUGGCCCAAGUGGACCAACGGGGAUCCAGCAGUGUGCCGGUUGCGGCGGUCAAAUAGUCGAAAGAUGGCUGUUGUUGGCGAUGGAUCGGUAUUGGCACAACGGUUGCCUCAAGUGCUCGUACUGUGGCGCGGCACUGGCGGAAAUCGGCCACUCGUGCUACACCAGGAGCGGCAUGAUCCUCUGCAAAAGCGACUACAGAAGGUAAGGGUGUACUCACGUUUCUCUUGAAAGUAGCCCGGCCUUCCAUUCACCUACCUAAUGGCACGAGUAUCGUUGCGAAUUUGUGAAACCAACUACGAAAUCCGUAGAGAUCGUAGUUGGUUCCGUGGGGUCGCGAGAUUCGUUUCCCAACGACUGACGUCGUGAAUCGAAAAUAUCAAGAAUUAUCCCCUUUCAUCCGCGAAAAGUCGUUACUAGGAAGUAAUUAGGUAUUAGAUUUUGACUUUGAGAAAUAUCAAUUUCCGUUCUCUGUCGACAGACUACGGAAGUUUGUUCAAAUUUGCGAAAUUACUUUUAAAAGUGUUAACGCGGAUUAAUUUAAUUCCGCUAAUAUUUUUAUAUAUUUUACAUAUUUGCGAAUAGCAUUUCUGUAGAAAUAUCCGCGAUCUACCGAUUAAUUGACUCGUUCGGAACUCUUUCGGCUCGAUGAUCGAACGCACGAGGCAAACGAUCGUCGAUCGUUUCUCAAAUCUCUUCGAUCGCGAGAGACGUUUAUCCAAGCACAAAUUACAUUUUACCGGCGCGGUAACAUUAUCAAUUGUUGGAAACGCUGGCGUUACUUAGGGGGAUGACCCGGUUGCUCGUCUGAAACGUCCCAACUCGCAGCCGUUGAUUGAUCGCGAAACAGGAUUACACGGCACGAACGUCGCGUUUCGAGCUUCAUUAAAUCGCAGACACGCAAUUGCUCGACCGAUUAAUUCCGUGGCCGCGUGUAUAUUUCGUAUCCAGCCUUCUGUUCGAUUAUUAAACUGCGUCCACGAACAAGUCAUUCUCGGUGUGAACGAGAACUUCGAGGUUGCGCCGAACUAUCGUGCGAGAGAGGGGGGGGGGGAAAGAAAAAAGAAAAAAGAAAAAGAGAAAUACGUCGCGUUGAUUGCGCGAAUACGUCGACGACGACGUGUAUGCGAAUAAUCUCGAAACUCUCCUCCAAGUUUUAACGGAUUAACGAUAACUGAUACGCAACGUUUUCACGCUGAUAAACGCUUGCCACCGGUGAAUUAAUCACGCCACUUCCGGUGCAUCGAUGAUUACCAACCGGGUAGACUCGUUGGCGCCAAGUAUCGAGCAAUCAACAUUCCGCUCGCGCAAAAUAGCUGCAAUCUAGGAAGCUGUCACUUCACGGUGACACUUAGCCGCUGAUUAUACGCCGGCGUUCCUUCGUCCUCGCUCUUCCAAUACACGCUGGCUGCGUUUGCAAUAACGAUGUCUGUCUCGCGCGCGCGUCGAUUCUCCUCGUUCCGAUCGUACAACGCCUUUUCAUCGAUCGAUUUUUCACAUCCUCGUGCGUGCGGAUGGUUUAUCCACCGGUCGAAUUCCAACGGGGAAUUUUAAUUUUCAGCUCGUUAACGUUUAACGAUGGGCAAGAAGACGAGGAACUUUCAUUUGUCGCGUGCGAGGCUCUCGGCGAGGUUUAACACCCGACCGAUUGGCCUCUUGGUUUUGUGUAAGUCGCGUGACAAAUUAUCGCGGUGAUACGAACCGUUCGAUAGAUAAUUGAUCUGUCGAUAUCUAUGAAUAGAACUGAAGAGAUAAAAUUCAGAUUUCUAUCUCUCUUACAGUGUUGUAGAGCUACAAGCGAAAUUACUUUUAACACUGGAACUGCCAAAGUGGUCAAAACCAAUU